AUGGUGGUGCGCGAGGACUUCCCGCUCGCCGCCACCGUAUUCCCGUCGUUGGAGGACCUGCACAUCGGCGAGUGCACGCUCGCUGCAAGUAUGAGAGUCACGUCGAACACCAUGCCUCGUCUCAAUCACCUCCGCUUCACCGGCGUCAACGCGAGGACGGAUGACACCAAAGCCGCCAUCACCGUGCUCGCCGAUGACCUCAGGACUCUCCGCAUGUCAUGCCGUUGGUACAGCAAGACUGAAUCGCCAUCGGAGCCGCUGUUGUUCUUGUGUCACUCGGGCAUCACAGCCGUGUUCACCAAAUACUCGUUGUUCCGCUUACGCGCACCCAAGCUGGCGGUGUUCGAGUGGCGAUGCUGCUAUGCUGACGAGGUGCGCAUUGAGGCCGUUGGCCGCCUCUCCGAUGUCGCCAUCGAGGUUGACGCCGGUGCCAGUCCGACUGGUGACGUCAUCCCUAAAGCAAGUACUCUGCAAUCCAUGGUCACGGACAUGAUUCAACAGCAGGACCUAUGCUGCAUGUCGAAGAGUCAAAUACCACGUGGGCAAGGAGUUCUUACGGCGCGGACGCUUGGCGCUGGUGCCUCCAGCUGCCGCCCGCUACGGCCGAGCUGCAGGUGCUGCCCUUCUGCAAGACUGAAUCGCCAUCGCCAGACGCUGUUGUUCUUGUGUCACACGGGCGGCGUCACUGGCGUGUUCACCAAAUACUCGUUGUUCCGCUUACGCGAACCCAAGCUGGCGGUGUUCGAGUGGCGAUGCUGCUAUGCUAACGAGGUGCGCAUUGAGGCUGUGGGCCGCAUCUCCGAUGUCGCCAUCGAGAUUGACGCCGGUAGGACGCGCACGCCGACUCCGAUUCGCACGGAACCCAAGUACAUGACAAUACAACAACGUGACAAACUAGUGACCGACAUCCUUCAAGGGCUUAUGCCUGGGUUGCAGCUGCACACUUGGAAAGAUGUCAUGAGAGUCAAAUACCCCCACGUGGGCAAGGAGUUCUUACCUGACACGGACGCCGACGCCUGGUCCCUCCAGCUGCCGCCCGCUAUGGUCAAGCUGCAGGUGCGCAUUGAGGCCGUGAGCCGCCUCUCCGAUGUCGCCAUCGAGGUUGACGCCGGUAGGACGCGCACGCCUUCUCCGAUUGGCACGGAACCCAAGUACGUGACAAUACAAUAA